AUGUUUCGAGGUGGCUAUUGGGAGGAUGAUGCCAUGGAAGGAGUCAUGGGUACCUCCAUGCUCAGACCUGGAGGUGCUACACGUCGAUUCGAUGAAUACUACCGGUGUUAUCCUGUUGCUAUGAUGCCUGGACCGGAACGAGAGAAUGUCAACCAUGGCGGAAAAGUCAUCAUGCCCCCCAGCGCUCUAGACAAGUUAACUCGACUACACAUCACAUACCCUAUGCUUUUCGAAUUACACAACGGUGCAAAGGAGAAGAUAUCUCAUGCUGGUGUUUUGGAGUUUAUCGCCGAGGAGGGGAAGAUCUAUCUGCCAUUCUGGCUCAUGCAAACGCUACUUCUCGAGCCCGGUGACCUUGUGCAGGUCAAGUCGACCGACCUUCCACCCGGCCGGUUCAUCAAACUCCAAGCCCAAUCCACCUCUUUCCUCGACAUCAGCGACCCCAAGGCGGUCCUCGAAAACGCUUUCCGCAACUUCUCUUGCCUCACGAAAGAUGACAUUUUCACAUUUGCAUAUAAUGACCAAGUUUAUGAGAUGGCCGUGCUGGAAACGAAGCCUGUGAACGAGACAAGUGCUAUAUCUGUCCUGGAGACCGAUCUUGAAGUCGACUUUGCGCCACCCGUGGGAUACGAGGAGCCGCAGCGCCCAAGUGGCACUAGCACUCCAGGCAGCGUAGUCAGCGGGAGGUUGCCAGCUGGCGGACUUCUUCAUCCACACGGUACCAUGGCACAGGCGAUCAAUUAUGGAGCCAUUGCCCCAGAGUCAACUGAUGCCGCCGCGGGUGCACGGGCGGUCUCGUCAAACUUCCUAUCAAGUGGUCAUCGCUUGAAUGCAAAGAAGGGCAGCAAGUCUCCAACACCAACAGCAUCGACUCCUACUCCUGGAGCGACGAAUCCUCAGCACCCGCCUCCAGCCAGGAGAACAAAUGGACCGCAGCCGUUGCGCUUACCUCCCAACCAAUUAUUCUUUGGAUACGCCCUCAAGCCGGUUCAAAAGCGGGACGAGAGCGGAAAAGCCGUCGACGAGGAGAAGCCCCGUUUCCAAGGAACCGGUCAAUCGCUGCGAGGGAAAAAGAAAGGCGUGGACACACCCACAUAA